CAAACUUCCGAAACUUUUCAAUCAAAAGAAUGGAGAAAGAAGGGAAACACGUAAUAUUGUUGAGCUCAUUAAUUAGACCAAGCAGCUAUACUCCUGGAGCAGCCAGACAGCGGCGUAUUAUACUGAAAGCCCCCGUUUCACAAAAUAGUAGACAGGGAAGAAGAACAGUAACAAGCGCGUCAAGUAGACUAAGACGAUCACGUAGAGAGACUGAAUCAGAUCCAAAUAGUACUGAAAACUCCAGGCAAAAUACAAAGGAUUUAGAUAUUCAUGAUAUUCCUGAUGAAGAACUUCGUGAGAAGAGAAAACAGAAAUUGGAAAGACCAAAAGUUAUGCAGAAAAUGUAUGAAAAAGCCUGCAACCGUUUCAAAGUGGUACCUGUAAGACAAUACUGGGAAACACCAGACACACAUACUGUAUCUCUUCCAAAUUACAACUUGGGAACACAGGGUGUGCAGGCACUUGCUACACCAUUAAUGCUUCAUGACUCAAUAACAGUUAUAGACCUGUCUGGAAAUGAUAUGGGAGCGAAAGGUGUACAAUCAUUGGUCGACGCUUUGCAUGGAAAUACAUCAUUGAACUCUUUGAAUUUAGCGGAAAACAAGUUACAUACUGCAGGAGCAGUUGCAUUGAAAGAGUUUCUCCGUGAACAUCCCACUUUGCAGAUACUAUCUUUGUCAGGGAAUGGCUUUAAAGACGAAGAUUCCAUUAUAUUUGGUCAAGUAAUGAAGGAGAAUCAGCGCCUGCAACACGUCAACUUUUCACACAAUGAAUUCGCUGAAACGGCUGGCCUACAAUUUCGAUACGUUUUGAGUGACACCGAAAACUUAGAAACUUUCGAUAUCAGCUGGAAUCAUUUGAGGAGAAAAGGUGCAAUGGACUUAUUAGCUGGUGUGAAGAAAAACUAUGGUUUGAGAGUACUUGAUGUAAGCUUUAAUGGUUUCGCAGCUGAAGGAGCAGCCGUUAUGGCCAACGUUUUAAAAAAGAACAGAACUCUACAAGAAGUUGACAUGCGUCAUAAUAGAUUAAAUGAUGCUGAUAUCAUUAAUAUUGCAACAAAAAUGGACUGCAAUGAUUCUUUAAAAGUUUUAAAGCUUGGUGAAAACCAUUUUACACACUUAGGGGCUCUAGCCCUGAUAACAGUUUUACUCAAUCCUGAUAAUGUUAUUGCUCUGGAAUUACUUGACCUAGGAAAUACUCCUGUCAGCGACGAUUUUGAUUUUAUAGCAAAUGAACUAAAAACUUCAAGACAAAAUCUUACGAUUAAAUAUGGGAGAAUAAUGAAUAUGAAGAAAAAGCUUCCGCAAAAGCAACAAAUAAGUGACAAUCAAGAUUCUAACUUAACAAAUCAUCAACAAAACGAAUCCGAGGUUGAUAUAGAAAGGUCUAAAACGCUCCCUACCAUGAGCUCUUCGGCUGGUACUGAUGUCGACGACUUGGUAUUUAGUUCUGAAUCAGAGGCAAAAAAGUCUGCCUUGGAUUUAAAAGAGCCAUCAUCACAAACCAGUGCGAAUAUAAGUGAAGCUGCAGAAACUGAAAAGCAGCACGAAAAUAACAAAACCGUUGUAAAAGAAGAGUCAAUAACAUUUCCGAAAACUGAAAAAGAUAGUCCUGGUGAGGAAUCAAAUUUAACCUUGCCAACUAAUUACGAGGAGAAACAAAAUGUGCCAUCUGAAACUAAGUUAGUAAGCAACAGUGUAGAUAAAACAAAAAAUCAGAUAGAUACUAACAAUUCCAAUAUAGUUACUAAAGAAAACUCUGAAAUAUCAUCAGCUGAAGAUAAACAGUCAAAGAAGGAUGAAACAAUUAAUGCUAACAAACUGGCUUCACAACCUUCACAAUUUGACCCCAAAAAUCUGUUUGUGCUGCAACGACAGACAUUCAUAGAAAAGAAGCCAGACGAUUAAAAAUAUUUCUGUUAAGAGAUAAAAUUCGUUAUUUACCAAAUAAUUGACUGAAAACAGAAGAAACUGUUGCUAUUAACCGAAGAAUAAACAUAAUAUUUUCA